AUGAACCGGGGAAGCGGGAACGCGAGCGAAGAGACUAUAAAACACCAAGGGGAGCGGAGGAAGGGGCUUGGCGGGCACAAAAGCGUUGCGGAGCCCAGUAGGUGGGCGCGUGGAAAAACAAGAGAGUAG